CCCGAAAUUGGAGCGAGAGGAGGACAGGCCCGUCGCCCGAGAGAGGACCAAAUUCAGAGCGUCGGACGAAAACAGCGCCGCAGCUAGACGCCCGCCUCCCGUCCCGCCUCGAGUCACGCCCAAUCGACCUCCCGUUCCCUUCACGCCCGGAUCGGUAACCAUGGCGACCGCUCCUGAGCCUAUCAGCAUCCCUGAACAAAAGGAAACGGCUGCACCUGCUGAACGAAUCAAGCCCAUGCCAACUCCCAGGCCACGCCCUGAAAACCUGCCUCUUAAAGGGCCGGCGCAGCAACUCCAGACGAGCGAGAGGAAACCGUCUCCUGUGUCUCCCUCUUCCUCCUCCUCCUCGGAGCGCUUCCACCUGUAUGAACAGUGUUUGUCUCCUGCUCAGGGAGAAAUGGGCGCUCCUCCUCUUCCUCCUAAGAGCUACGCCGUGGGCGUCUCUAAAGAGCCCACAGACGGCCCGUACAGACCCCCUGUUCCACCUCCUCGCGUCUCUGUCUGCUCCAGGACUACGAAUCCCAGAAGCACGUCAUCCGGAAGCCCGCCCACGUCCAGCGCUCCUGCAGAUGAUCCGUCAGACACGGAUCCAGUCCCAGACGUCCCGCCUCGGAUCAUCAGACCUCUGAACGAGAGCCGAAGGAGAGACGCCCCACCGCCGCCGAACAGAAACCAGUUGGACUCAGAUGAAAGUUCAGAUGAAUAUGAGGAGCGAGAGCCCAGCAGAGACGCUAAACUCAUAGACAUGGCCAGCAAGAUGUCCUUGAUGGUUCCCAAGGCGACGAAGCCUCCCUCCCAGAACUAUUACAAGUGUGGGCAGCCGUUGUCCAGCGACGACAGGUGCUACUCCAAUAGAUGUCCUUGA